CUACACAUGGAAGGCGCCCUCACCGCCCGGGACAAGGUCGGCGUGCAGGAUUUUGUGCUGUUGGACGCGUAUACCAGCGAAACUGCCUUUGUGGACAACCUUCGCAAACGUUUCCGCGAGAACCUCAUAUAUACAUAUAUUGGGACCCUGCUUGUUUCUGUAAACCCAUAUCAAGAGCUUGGAAUCUACACGGCGAACCAGAUGGAACUUUACCAAGGGGUCAACUUCUUCGAGCUGCCACCGCACGUUUACGCCAUAGCUGACAAUGCCUACCGCAUGAUGUGCUCGGAGCUAAGUAACCACUUCAUCCUCAUUUCUGGGGAGAGUGGGGCAGGGAAAACAGAGGCCUCCAAGAAGAUUCUCCAGUAUCUUGCAGUGACCUGCCCUAUGACCGAGUCACUCCAGAUAGCUCGCGACAGACUGCUGCUCUCCAAUCCAGUGCUGGAGGCUUUUGGAAAUGCCAAAACACUCCGGAAUGACAACUCUAGCAGAUUUGGAAAAUACAUGGAUAUACAGUUUGACUUUAAGGGCGUUCCUGUUGGUGGACACAUCAUCAGUUACUUGAUAGAAAAGUCUCGAGUUGUCUAUCAAAACCAGGGUGAGCGAAACUUCCACAUCUUCUACCAGCUGCUCGAGGGGGCCGAAGAGGAGCUCCUUACUUACCUGGGACUUGAGCGAGACCCCCGGCUGUAUAGAUACCUCUCACAGGGCCAAUAUUCCAAAGAGGCAUCGAUCAAUGACAAGAAUGGCUGGAAAACUGUUUUCAAUGCCUUUUCUGUCAUCGAUUUUACUGACAAGGACCUCGAGAAUCUCUUUGGCAUUAUUGCCAGUGUCCUGCACCUGGGGAAUAUUCAUGUUAAAGAAGAUGACCAUGGCUGUGCCACCAUCCCAGACACCCACGAGAUCAAAUGGAUUGCUAAGCUCCUGGGGGUCCACCCGCUGGUCCUUCUAAAAGCUCUCACCCACAGAAAGAUCGAAGCCCAAAGGGAGGAGGUGAUCUGCCCGCUGACCACAGACCUCUCUGUGUACGCCCGAGACGCCAUGGCAAAGGCUGUGUACGGACGGACGUUUACGUGGCUGGUCAACAAGAUCAAUUCCUCCCUGGUCAACAAGCCACACUGGCAGCCUGUCUCUAAACGUGCUGUGCCCACAGAGAAGUUUCUUAUGGACAGUUUUGAACAGUUUUGUAUAAACUACUGCAACGAAAAACUCCAACAACUGUUAAUAGAAAGGACCCUAAAGGCGGAACAGACAGAAUAUGAACUGGAAGGUAUCGAGUGGGAGCCGAUUCAAUAUUUCAACAACAAGGUCAUCUGUGAUUUGGUGGAGGAGAGACACAAAGGCAUCAUUUCCAUCCUGGAUGAAGAAUGUAUUCGGCCUGGACCUGCUACAGACAUGAGUUUCUUGGAGAAACUGGAAGAGAAAGUGGGCAAGCAUGCACACUUCCAAACCCGUAGACUGGCAGGUCCAAAGGGCAGAAAGAGAAUUGGCUGGAUGGAGUUCUGUCUCCUCCACUAUGCAGGAGAAGUCACAUACUGCACCAAGGGAUUCUUGGAGAAAAACAAUGAUCUACUUUACAGACAUCUGAAAGAAGUGCUGUGUUGGUCCCAAAACAGCAUCCUGCAGGAGUGUUUCCUCGUGACUGAGUUAAAAAGCCGAAGGAGGCCGCCAACGGUGGGGACUCAGUUCAAAAACAGUCUGAGCAGCCUGCUAGAAAUCCUCAUCUCCAAGGAGCCCUCCUAUAUCCGGUGCAUCAAGCCCAAUGACGGGAAGGAACCGAGCAAGUUUGAUGACUACCUUAUCAGGCAUCAGAUCAAGUACUUGGGGCUGAUGGAGCACUUGAGAGUGAGACGGGCUGGCUUUGCAUACCGGCGGAAAUACGAGCAUUUCCUGCAAAGGUACAAGUCCUUGUGCCCAGACACCUGGCCACACUGGCCUGGGCCUCCAGCAGAGGGUGUAGAGCGGCUUAUCAAGUACAUUGGCUACAAACCUGAAGAAUACAAGUUAGGGAAAACCAAAAUAUUUAUUCGUUUCCCCAGGACUCUGUUUGCUACUGAAGACGCCUUUGAAUUUAGCAAACAUCAAUUAGUUGCAAGAAUCCAAGCCAUGUACAAAGGCUGCCUGGAGAGAAGAGCAUACCUGAAAACAAGACGUGCAGCCAUCACACUUGAAGCCUACUGGCGUGGAGCUUUGGUCCGGAAGCAGGCUGAAAGGAGGAAGUGGGCUGCUCAGGUUAUAAGGAAGUUCAUAAAGGGAUUCAUCAACCGCAACAAGCCGUUGACCCCUGAGGAUGAGGAAUUCGUGGCGUAUGUACGGAAGAAUUACAUCUUGAACCUCCGGUACCAUGUCCCACAGAAUGUCCUGGACAGGAGCUGGCUGAGGCCCCCCGGCAUCCUGGAAAAUGUAUCUGACAUGCUCAGGAAAAUGUGCAUGAGGAACCUGGUCCGGAAGUACCGCAGUGGGCUCCCUGCUGAGCAGAUCGCCCAGAUGCGGCAGAGAGUGGCUGCCAGUGACAUAUUCAAGGGAAAGAAAAAUGGCUACACAGAAACUUUAAAUCAACCCUUUGCCAACAGCCGACUAGAUGGAGAUGACAUUAAUCCCAAAGUGCUUCAGUUCCUUGGCAAUGAGAAAAUCCAGUAUGGUAUCCCGGUCAUUAAGUACGACAGGACGGGCUUCAAGGCGCGGGCCCGGCAGCUCCUCCUCACUCAGAAGGCAGUUUAUGUGGUGGACUUUGCCAAGGUCAAGCAGAAAAUAGAAUACUCUGUACUCAAAGGUGUCUCUACCAGCAAUCUGUGCGAUGGGUUCUUCGUGAUUCACAUAUCUCCAAACGAUUACAGGCAAAAGGGAGAUGCCAUCCUAGAAUGUGAGCAUGUGUUUGAAGCGGUGACUAAGCUGGCCAUGCUGGCUAAGAGGGAGAACAUAGUGCGUGUGGUUCAAGGGAGCUUACAGUUUUAUAUUAGUCCUGCAAAAGAAGGCACAAUAGUUUUCAAAACAGGAUCAGAAGAACAAAUCUAUAAAGAUAAACACGGACAGUUAAUAGUGGUGUCGGUCCGGAUGAAGUCCUGA